AUGCCAUUUUAUGAUCCGAACGAGCAAGAACUCAAAGAAGUGAUACAAAACGAAGGUUCUUUUGAAAUCAAUGACUUAGAAACACAUGGAUUUGAUCUUGGCCAUAGUAACUGCGACAACAACGAAGAAGAUAACUAUGAAGCGGGAUACAAUGAAGCCAAAUCUGUAAGAGCCGUUACUGAACCAAUGCUUAUUGCUCAUUUUGGAGAAGAUGUUAUCGAUAUCUUGUUUGAUAAGUAUGCUCGCCAUGUGACACAACACGCGAGCUGCAGAAACAAAACGAGUGUCACUCUUGUCGUUGCGUUGACUAAGAAAUAA